UUGGGUUGGCGGUUGUGUUUGCAGCAGGAGCGAAUAUCCUGCAUGCAUUCUUUCACGAAUUUAUCGAGAUUGUUUGUAAUUAUUCGAAAUCGCACCACGAUCAACUUUAAAGCUGGGAAAGCUGGUUUGUUGGCGACCGGACGAAGAAAUCCCUCAGGCAAACCGGACGCUGUGCUCGGUAAAUGUUGUUAAUGUCAGAUGUUUUGGUGUGCUGUAGUUAGCAACAUUAGCAAUCAUGCUCAUGAUAACAGUGUCUCUGGUCAGUUUGUUAGAGAAAGCUUUGACCUGCUGGAUGUUGACUUUAGAUAACCCUGAUCUACACAGGCACAGUGUGAUUUGACGACUACAACUUUUAACAGGCGAUCUAGCAGGACGUUUCUCAAGCUAGUGUAGUUCGCAUACUCCCCGUACUCGAACUCAACCCGAUAGUAUGCGAGAGAGACCCGGAUAGCGAACUCUGUUCUGCUUCUCUUUCAGGGGAACCGAAAGUAAUUUAGCGAAGGAUAAAGUUAAUUUUCAAAGUAUGAUAGGUGUGGAGAUGCAGACCCACUUGUGUCUUACCCACUUGCGGUGUGUGAGGAUGGAGGACAUGGAGGUGGAUGCAGCGGCCGGUGUGAUCGUGCUCUCGGAGUCCGACAGCACCACAGAAGACGAGAGUGUGUCUUCGCUGUUGGAUCGGCUCCGGCGUCCGGUGAAUCGGCAGGUCCAGAGGAGGAGGAGGCGGAGGACUGGACUGAGCACUCGUGAAGAGCUCCAGGCGCUUAUACGGGACACAGAGGAGCUGUCGGAGCGCCUGAGACGACACACAGCUGACGCUCACGCACACUCCUCCAGCCGGCCCGCUGCCGUCAUCACACACACGUCCCGUCAGCCCGCCGCCUCGGGCCCACGGCCAGCCCUCGCCUCACACACAGGACCCAGUGUUCCUCAGGAGCCCGGAGGGACGGGAGCAGGAGAGCCGAGACCAGAGUCUGAGGCUGUGCCGGAGCCGAUGGGUCUCGCAGGAGAGGCUGUGCCGGAGCCGGUGGGUCUCGCAGGAGAGGCAGUGCUGGAGCCGGUGGGUCCCGCAGGCGAGCCUUUGCCGGAGCCAGAGAGUCCCGCAGGAGCUGUCCCCUGUCCCGUAGGCGAGGCUGUGCCGGAGCCAGGGGUUCCCGCAGGAGAGGUUGUGCCAGAGCCGGGGGGUCCCGCAGGAGCGGUGCCGUGUCCCGCAGGAGAGGCUGAGGACCGGGACGGGGAGGGCGAGAUCUGCUCCAUCUGCUUCGAGCCCUGGACCUCGGCCGGGGACCACCGGCUGGCCGCUCUGCGCUGCGGACACCUGUUCGGCUACAUCUGCAUCUCACGCUGGCUCUCGGGCGGAGGGAACAAGUGUCCACAGUGUAACAAGCAGGCGAAGCGCAGCCACAUCAUCUUCCUGUACGCGCGCAGACUGAAGGCGCUGGACAACGCGGAGGAGGUGCGUCUGAAGAGUUGUCUGGAGCUGGAGCAGGGCAUGCGCCGCAUGGAGCAGCUGGAGGUCGCUGUGUGCCGUCAGCAGCAGCAGCUCGUGGCCGAUGAGAACGCACGUCUGCGCAGAGAGCUCGAGGAGUUGAGGCGGUGGAAAGCGCAGGUGUCGCUGGGCUCGUCCCAGGGCUCGUUCCUCUCCUCGUCCCAGAGGCAGGACGCGUCCGGCGCGGGGCAUUACGUGUUCUCCAAGGCUCUGCUGGUGUCUCAGAGCGGGAGCAGUCGCGUGAUGUCCUACUGCGAGCCCCUCGGGUGUCUGCUGGCGUCCCAGCCCUCCACACACGCCACGCUGCUGCCCGGUGUGGGACGCGGGCACCGGGGCGCUGCUGCAGAAGAUGCCUGCGGAUCUCCCUGUGCUGGACAUCUGCCCGUUCCAGGCCCAGCAGAGCAGCUUCCUGGCCUCGCUCACCGAGAAGAUGCUCAAGGUCUACAAGUGGGAGUGAGACCCACAGAACCAGAACCGAGUCCGACGGGACCACGCCUUCUGUUUAAAUCAGUGCUUUCUCAAUGUUUCAGUUCAAAGUCAUCAUUGCUCACUAUUUUCUUUGUAUAUAUGUAAGUGUUUUUGUAUUUCUUUAUUAAAAUAAUAAAUGCAAACGUGCUUUGACAGUUUGUGAGAACUUAAAAACACCCAAGGGAAGGGAACAUUAAUAUAGUUUGGAAAAUCA